CCCCGGACCGGUCCAGCUCCUAAGCGGGUGGAGGCUUUGCAGUGCCUCCCUGGUGCACAUGGUCCCUCCCCUACUGCUCUUGGGCUGAAAAGGGGCGGCGCCGGCAGGGUGGCAGGUGCACAGGCGACUCGGGGUGCCCAGUGGUCCUGAUCUGCUGCUGAAUGUCUGUCCCCGAGGAGGAGGAGACGCUGCUGCCGCUCACGCAGAGAUGGCCCCGGACGAGCAAGUUCCUACUGUCCGGCUGCGCCGCAACCGUGGCCGAGCUAGCAACCUUUCCCCUCGAUCUCACAAAAACCCGACUCCAGAUGCAAGGAGAAGCUGCCCUUGCUAGGUUGGGAGAUGGUGCAACAGGAUCUGCCCCUUAUAGGGGCAUGGUGCGCACAGCCCUAGGAAUUGUCCAGGAGGAAGGCUUUCUAAAGUUGUGGCAAGGAGUGACGCCCGCCAUUUACAGACACGUAGUGUAUUCAGGAGGUCGGAUGGUCACCUAUGAACAUCUCCGGGAGGUUGUGUUUGGCAAAAGUGAGGAUAAGCAUUAUCCCCUCUGGAAGUCGGUCAUUGGAGGGAUGAUGGCUGGUGUCAUUGGGCAGUUUCUAGCCAACCCCACUGACCUGGUGAAGGUCCAGAUGCAGAUGGAAGGGAAACGGAGGCUGGAAGGGAAGCCCUUGAGAUUUCGUGGAGUCCAUCAUGCGUUUGCAAAAAUCUUAGCUGAAGGAGGAAUACGCGGGCUGUGGGCAGGCUGGGUACCCAAUAUUCAAAGAGCUGCGCUUGUGAACAUGGGAGACUUAACCACCUACGAUACAGUGAAGCACUACCUGGUACUGAACACACCACUUGAGGACAAUAUCGCCACUCAUGGUUUAUCCAGUUUGUGCUCUGGACUUGUAGCUUCCAUUCUGGGAACACCAGCUGAUGUCAUUAAAAGCCGAAUAAUGAACCAACCCCGAGACAAACAAGGAAGGGGACUUUUAUAUAAGUCAUCAACUGACUGCUUGAUCCAGGCUGUUCAAGGGGAAGGCUUCCUGAGCCUGUAUAAAGGCUUUCUGCCAUCCUGGCUCAGAAUGGAAGAUACUUUACUCCACAGAGACUGUGAUUUACAGGGGGCAGCGCUUUAUAUUUCUGUGGACACCCGAGUUCUCUUAGAUCCCACUCUUUCUCUAAGAGUGAUCUCUCUGGUCCCAAUCUCUCAAGACCAACCACUGAGACCCAGGGCAGCAUUUCCUGAAGAAUGGAACCUGGACCACUUUGACCUUGGACCGGAAGGUUUAGACUUUGAACUGCCGAUCUCUGCAAAAGUAUCUGCCAGAGGGAGCCAGGCCCUCAGACCUGGGUAGACGUCAGCCAUGUGGAAGACUGCGUAGUGCUUAGGAAACACAUUUAACCUGUGCGCCACUAUUUAUUGUUGCAGUGUGACAACUCACUUUUCUGUUAUUAGAGUGCACAUAUCGUAUACUCCAGAGAGGCAAGUGAAAAUUCAAGAAUAAACAUUUUUGAGUUUCCCUAGUGCUGAAAGAAGUGGCUUUACCUUUCCUCGAAAGGAGGAUGGAAAGAUAAAAGAGACAAGUUGAAGUGAUGUUUGAAUUGCAGGGAAAGAGGCUACUUGCUGUCAGGGCCCACCUUUACAGAUGUGCUCACCCCUCCACACAUGCUAGAACCUAGUAACUCCCCCUGACAGCCACAGCCUGUCUCCGCGAGAGCAGAACACUUGCCGUGCGUAGCGUACUCCACCACAACCCGCAUUUGUCAGUAGCUCUUGAGAAUCAUAACACCCGGAAACCACACCAUGUUUGACUGAGAUUCAGCUCUCAGCGCCGUCUUAUGGAGCACCUUUAAUGUCCUCAGCUCUUCCUGGGUGUUUUUGGAGCAAGACUGACAUGAAGGCAGCUCACUCUGGUGUGUCUCCUUCUGUACCUGUCCCCUCUGUCCCAGAGAGGGGAGAGCAGAGAGAGGGAGAGAGAGGAAACUCAGAUGCCAUUCUAGAACUUUCAGAAGCCCGAGUAUUAGUCGUUUUGAAUCUUACUCAUUCUUGCAUACAAUGUGACAAGUGUAUGCCAUCUGUGGUACAUCUCUCCAGUCUGCAUCCCAUCCUUUUUCUUGUUUUAGAAAGGUUUCUCCAGAUUCACCUGCCCACAGCCGCUCCCCCCAGCCUCAGACACGGCGUUUCAGGAUGGAUGGCGGUAGCUAGGGGUAAAGGCUGGAGGUGUUACUAGGAAAACCCCGACCACUCAGGCCCAAGGUAGACCUCAGAGCCAAACAAAUAGAUGUGAUGGACAUAGAUGCUCUUGUGCAGCAUGACUGUGGGGAUGAAUAAUCACUGCCAUUUUAAAGGAGGAAGCACACUUUUAAAGAUCUUUCAAUGUGUGUAGCCGUCUCAUUUUUCUACUUGCAGAAGGUGGAGUUCCAUCUCUUUGUCUUCAGGUUGCCUACCUUUCCGUUGCGUUUGUCAGUCUGUAACUGAGUGGCUAGAUAUAUAUAGUCCAGAUCAUACUAAAUUAUAUGCUUAAGUCCUCACGUAUUCUGCUCCACAAUGAAUCAUUUUGGGGAAAUUUUGCUUUUCCUAUGUUUUGUAAUGUUUAUGACUGAGUAAAUAUGGAAUUAAAUAAUUAUAUGCAAACUGGACUAUUAAAAAUUGGCUUCGCUUUAUUCUUUUGGGG